AUGGACACUCUAACACCAAAAUGUACUGACCAGUCUGCAAAAUGUGAGGGAUCCCAGGAGGGGAGGAAUGACAAAUUGUUCAAUGGCCUCGCUGCGGUGGUGAAGGUGCAAAAGUUGUACAGGGGUUAUCGUACCCGCCGCAGGUUGGCGGAUUCCGCUGUGGUUGCUCAACAGCUUUGGUGGGCAAGGGUCUAUCCAAAAAUGCAGAAUCAGAAAAAUUGUAUUUCGAACAUUGGAUUGAAGCCGCUGGAUGUAGGAGAUGGCAAAGAGGUUGAUGUUCAAGAAUGUCCAAGGCCUAAACUUCAAGAAAAUAGCAUCAAGUAUCUAGGACCUUCCAAAAAUCUUGUUGAUUCGAAGGGAAAGUGGAUAUUUGUUUUGAGUCCCACAAAGAGACUAUAUGCUGGACAGAAAAAGAGAGGAAAGUUCCAUCAUUCGAGUUUCCUCGCCGGAGGUGCUACCAUAGCUGCUGGGACGCUGAUAGUAGAGAAUGGAAUUCUUAAGUUCAUUUCUCCAAUGAGUGGACAUUACCGACCAACACAAGACAAAUUUGAAAGCUUUCUAUCUUUUUUCAAGGAAAGUGGAGUGAAUCUUGAUGAAGUCCAGGUAAACCAAGCAAUUGAAUAUUCCGGCGCCAGCGAAUAUGCUGCAAAACGGAGUGGAAGUGAGAGUGGUAAGAUGACUGAAGUUCCAAAGAACUUGGAGCCUCCAACGUUACAAACUCCCCAUGAAGAGAAGGUUUCUAAACUACCAGAAGCUGAGCAGAAUGAAACCAAAGAUGAAAACAAAAAGACUUUAUCUGAGGGUCUCGAGGAACCAAAGACAACUAUGUUUGAUCUUAAUAACUGGUCAAGUGGAGCUGGCCCAAGAAUUGGUAGUAUUGCUGACUACCCAGCUGAAGUUAGAGCACAGGCCAUGGAGUUCGUUAACCUAUCUUCCAAAAAGCCUCCUACUUCAACGCUAUAG